AUGUCAACACCAGUAUCUGUCAUUAUACCGCAACCGAGUACAUCUUCAAGAUCGACAAAGGUUAUUGAGCAUCUUAGUGACAAGUAUGAAUUUAUUCAGAAAGAGAUCGCAUCCACCAAAUCUCAGCUAGAUUUAAUGCGUCAAGCUAAAUUACAAUUUGAUACAGAGGCAAUCAAUCAUGCCAACUCAAAUAAAAUUUAUAGGGUUAAAAUCAAAGAGGUCAUGCAGGUUCUAGAGUCCAAACAAAAGCUGUUAGAUGGCACUAAGGGCACUUCAGUUCAAUUAGAAUCCCGAGUCAAGCAGUUAAAAGAUGAAGCCCUCGCUUCUCGUAGACAACUGGAAGACCUUCGAAAGAGAGAGCUUGUCCUGGAGCAUGAUCGAGAUAUGGCUAUCAAGGAAAGAAAUCAGACCAAGCAGAAGCAGCAAAGCAUGCAGGAUUCAGUGGAGCAACUCCGUAUCCGCCAUGAGCGAGAAGUCACCGCUUUGCAAAACGAUCAGACACUAUUAUCUGAUCAUGCUCGAUACCUAACAGAAAGAAACGAACGCCUGGUUAAGUUGGUCACUAUGAAGAUGAACACUCGUCAACAAUCUAUAGAACAUUUAACAAAGCUGAAAGUCCAACUUCAAACAAACACAGCUGCAUUUGUCAAAGAGAUUGAUGUAGCUUUACAAACACUGAAGUUCAUUGCAGAACAGUCCAUAUCAGAAUCUAGAAACUAUACAGUGGCAGCUUAUCAAUGUCGAAGUGAAGUCAAUGCUUUAUUUGCAAGAAUCAAAGCAAUUGCGGCUGAAAUUACCGCUUCUCAAAAUUAUUGA